AGUGCGCAAGUGUUACGUAAUCAUGUCAGCUGGUGGUAAGCUGUGCCUGUGAUUUGGCCUCUCAACAACCCUUUUCCUUGGCCUUGCUGUCAUCACUGGCACGGUGGACAGAAAGAGAGACGGUACAGUAUUGAACACUUGAUUGAAUGAAGAAUAAUCGAGAUGGCAACAACAUCUUCCAUUUCAUCAUCCGGGGUUUCAUGCGAAGAAGAUCCUCCUGUCAUGAUAGAAGACGUCCUUAUAGAUGAGAUGCCAACUAGACUAAUUAAGGUUGGAGGAGAGUUUUCAGAAACCAGCAAUGGUGUUUUUCCAAAAGUUCUCUUCCUAGUCAUUCCAGGCAAUCCUGGUGUAGCAGAGUUUUACGAGGUAUUCUGUCAGACGCUAUACAAGGCAAGCAGCUACACCAUUCCUGCAUGGGCAAUAUCUCAUGCAGGGCACAGUGAGGUUCCAUGUAGCUUACAGGAAAAACUAAAAGCAACAGACCGUGAUGAUGAGGUUUAUAAUCUCCAGCAACAGAUAGAACAUAAAAUGGCUUUCAUCGAAGACUACAUUCCUCCCGGGGUCAAGCUUAUUCUGAUAGGUCACUCAGUAGGAUGCUACAUCAUUGUGGACCUCAUCCGUCGCAUGCCCAAACUCAACCUGUUGAGGGCGGUGUUGCUGUUCCCUACUGUGGAGCAUAUAUGGGACACCCCAAACGGGCGGACGAUAGGGAGUAUGGUGGUUUACCUGAGGUGGGCUGCCAUAGCGCUGUCAUAUAUCAACUACUACCUCUCUGAUUGGGUCAAGUGGAGACUCGUACAAUGGUGGUUUCGAGGCAGAAAAAUCCCGGAUUGUGCUUUCCAUGCGAUACACCAGCUAACCGACCCAGCCCGCAUCCACAACAGCAUGUACAUGGCUGCCACGGAAAUGGAAGAAAUUCUAGACGCCGACUACUCGACCAUCCGAGAACACCUCGACAAGUUUAUUAUGUACUACGGAUCAAAGGACAAUUGGGCUCCGAGAAGCCACUAUGAGAACAUGCGAAGGCGCUUCCCAGAGGGCGAUGUUCGGUUAUGUCGGCGUGGCCUGCAGCAUGCCUUCUGCUUGGAGUCAAGUGAGCUUAUGGCCGACAUGGUCUGGAAUUGGACAAGUCCAUCCAUUCAGGAAAUUCAAUGAUGUAAAUCUUUUAGAAUAGUAAUUAUCUUUAAAAAUUUUUACCAUAAGUUAAUGGGGGGGGGGGGGUCAAAUUGGGCCCCCUCUAUGAAUUUUGUAACAACACCGCCGUAUGAAAUUUUUUGACUGCGCCACUCGCUGACCUAACUUUCAAGUCUUCCGUAUCUUUGAAGAUCAAAUUUGUGACACCCGGGUAUGUGGUUCCGGACCUCCCCCUUGAAUAACUGUAUAAAUCACAUAUUUUUUGUUCGCACUAAAUAGAAGAGAUAAAAUUUGUGACAAUUUUUAUGACAUCCACCAGAAUACAGAUUCCGUCAUAUCUCUGAGAAAAGAUGAAAUGUCAAGAAAAGACAAUAUGAAAGAUACCACGCUAGGGCCCGUUUCAGAAAGAUUUGCAACUGUUGUAACUUUGCCAUUAUGGCAACUACCAUGGUAACCUUGAUUUUGAUUGGCUGCUGAGCCAUGUUGCCAUGGUAGUUGUCAUAAUGGCAAAGUUACCACAGUUGUAACUCUUUAUGAAAUGGGCCCCUGGUCUGAAAUAGCCCAGUAUCUCAUGUUCUCAUCUUUCUUCAUGAUCAUGAAUCCAAAGUUUUAAAUCCAGUUUUGUCAUUGUGAACAGGGAUGGAUGGAUUAACCUCACACUUGUAGCAAUCACCCCUACCCCUUCCCUUCAUGGGCCUGAUUCAGCGCAUCCUUCAUCCUCUACCCAACCCUCCGACUCUCCUCCUCCACUUGCCCCUUCCAUACUUCUUUGACCGUCCCCUCCUCCUCCUCAAACCACUCACCUCGAACUUAAACUCAUCAAAACCCAAGUCGUCAGCGUACAACAUCUCUCCCAUCAAACCUUCUCUUACACUCUCCAAAACCACAUCAAUCACAGUUGCAAAGAUCACCGGUAAUAACGCAAAACCUUGAAGCGCAUCCACCUUGAUUUACUAAAGACUGGAACGAGUUAAACAUGGACACAACUUUGAUAAACUCAUUGGACUCUUUUAAGGACGUUCCACAGUUAUGUUUGUGCGCAUUAUGAUCUGCGCAUAGUUCACACUCUGCGCGCUGACGUCACAAUGGAUGAAUAGGUGAUUAAUUAGCUGCGGGUAUGAGCUGAUUUUUCUCAUCUUCUGCACUUUAACUGCAGAUCCGAUGUGUUAUUUCAUGAAGCUAUAAAGUGGAAUUAUUCCAUGGACCAUUCAAAAAAACAUUCUCUACAAUUUCAAAAUACUUUACUCUGCAGUGCUGCCAAGAAUCACGAAUAUUACCCCGAGUUUGAAUAAAUGGUAGAGUGGUUUUGAUUUUUUCUGCACAUAGAUACAAAGCAUUCGGCGCAUUUUUUGUGUUUUAAAAAGCACAUUUGCUCUAAUAAAAAUGCUGAUAGUUUAAAAACAAGCACAUGAACCCCUAUUUUUUAAUGUUUGUACCGCUUAGGUAUACCUUCUUCUACAACUCUGCAAAUUUUGGUGAAAAUGACAUGGAUUUUGAAUAAAGUGCAGCAUUUAUUGUACGUUUGUAGUUUGUAACUGAAAUUUCACAUUUUUUAGAUUGGGAUUUUGUUAUCUUUUAAGCAAUUUUUAAGAAAUGGCAGUGCUGUUAAACUUAAAAUUGCAAACAAAUAGCACUAUAAAUAGAGUCUCCAUUCUAACGAUACAAUUAUUAACUCUCUUGCGAAAUUUGAUGACUUUUUCAUGUAUUUUGACUGAGUAAUAGAGGUUUAAACUCAUUGUUGUAAUCUUGGGUGGUCUAAAAAUGCCAAAUUCUUUUGAAUGCGCAAUUUUUAAGAACAUCAAUUUGGGUGAACUUUGAAGCUCUAUAGCAAAAAAUCAAGCACAUGGACCUAUGUUAAUUUUUGCAUAUUUCGAAUAUUAAGGUUCUAAAGUAUCUAUGUGCAAAGUUUGGUGAAAAUGACAUGGAUUUCACUUUAACUGUGGAACGUCCUUAACCCUAAAAUGGCCGGGGGGGUUGAAUCAACCCCCCCUCAACAUUUUCUGUGAUCAUUCCGCCGCGCGAAAUUUUUUGACCGCGCCACUCGCAGAAUUUAUACUUUUAAGUCUCGCGCAUCUUUUGAGACCAAAUUUACGACGCCUGGGUACGCGGUUCCGAAAUUACGCAACAUUUUGUAAGUGCAUGUCAGACCAAAAAUUGUUCCAAAACGUGAUUUUGUGUACAAAGUCAAUGCAAAUUGAGUUUUCUCGUCUUAUUCAUAAAGAUAUGAUUAUUUUUACUUUAAACAGCCGAAAGCAAUUGAUUUUAGCAUAAUUAUGCUUCAAAAAGGUUGUGCAAUAAAUCUGGUGAAAAAAACAAAGAAAAACAAAAGGUUGAAAAACAAAGAAAUACAUAAGAAAUUCAUAAAACAAUAAAUACAUAAGAAAUUGAUUUCCAAACCAAAGUUUUUUCAGUUGCCAUUAUUAAAAAUGCUACAAAGAAUAUUUUUACCAAAAAUUAGCAUUCUAGGAGCUUUAUUUAGUGAAUUAGAGCAAAAAGUAUGAUUUAUGCAUAAAUUAGCAUAAUUAAUUUAUAUAAAAUAAAAUCUCAUUACUUUAGAAAAUUUUACCAUACAACCUUGUAGAUUCCACCGCACACUACCAGCGUGCAAAUUUUUGCGGCGCUCACGCGAUCGGCGGCCGAGAUCUUAGGGGGGGGGGGUUGAAUCAACCCCCCCCCCCCCGGCCACAGAACAGCCAAAAAAGCCCGGCCUAGUUAGGGUUAAAUCUAAAAUCACUCAAAAACCUAGUAAGUAAGUGACCUGCUUACUCGGUGAUCUCACACUCGUCAAUAAAGUUGGCGGAGUACAGCAAGUCUGCAUAUGCCGACUUAACCCAAGACAAGAACUCUACCCUCGCCCCAAACUGCUCACUGGGCUUCACACACCGUCAUAAAGCAAGCAACGCUUGCACGGUCCAGGGUGAUUGUAGGGAGAUCAUUUAUUUUUUUUGAAAAGUGAGCAUGUACAUUGAUGUGAUAAUAUGAAGCAUCUGCUACUACCUCGAUGCCAAUGAAUUUCCAUGAUGACUAACCUCAUGAAUGUGAAUACUUUGCUAAUAUAUGUAGACAUGUUUUUAUACGCCCGUCCUAGAUGGGACGUAUUAUGGUAUCACGCUCGGUGGCGGUCCGUCCGUCUGUCCUUCCGUUAACACGAUAUGGUCAAAGGUCAAGAUCACAGUGACAUGUUUUCAUCUUACCCUUUUGAAGUCCUUGUUAACGCUGUAACUUUAGUUGAACUUAACCUAGGCUCAUAUAAUUUGGUGUGUAUGAUACUAGCAUAGAUCCCAGCAAUAGAUUUUGAGGUCAGAAGGUCAUUGGGGAAGUCACCACCUUCUACUUUUCUUGCUUGACUAAGAACUCCAUUUUCCGCAUUACAGGCGGGCGUAUUAUGUGCUCGCCUUAGAGACACUCUUGUUUUUUUGUAUAAUGAUCUAAGUAUGAUGUUGCUGUAUUUGCCAUAAUGCCAGGGUUGUUAUUAGCUGUGUUGAAUUAUCGAAUGCUGUACUUGCCAAACUGUGAAAGAAGAUUCUAGCUUUCAUGUAACCAGUAUGGGAGAACAGAAAAAAAUAUUGUGUUCAUUAUUUAGUUAUGGUAGUAUGUUGUUGAGUCAUGUAACAUAUACCGGUAGUACCUUACAUUGUGAUUAAUUGUAAGAAAAAAUGACCCUACCAGAUAUGGUUAUGAAUAGUUACAUUUUGCAUCAUGCUAAAAUGGAACUUGGGAGUGUUUCCAUUGCCCCUUAUCAACCCAGCAAGCAGAGUUUUGAUUGUAUUGGGUUUAAAUUCUGUUUUAUACAUUAUAUUUUGAAUAAUAUUCCCAGCAAAGAUAAACCAAUGUGCCUUAGGAUAUGUGUUUAAACGAAGUUGCCUAGAAAGGCAAGUAAGUGAAAACCUGCUUACAUGUUGACUCUUUUGUCAAAAGGGGAAGUUCACCCUGACAAAAAAGUUUGUUGUAAAAAUACCAGAAAAAAUAAUAAAAUAUAUUGGUGAAGAUUUGAGGAAUGGGAAAGUUUUUAAAAUUUUAAGUUUUUGAUUUGCGAUAUCGUAGCUGCCCCAUAUGUUAUGUAAUUAAAAAUGCAUAUGAGGCUUCAUGAUGACUAACAAUUGUUUUUUUUUCAGGAAAAUGAAAUGUCUUUGAUAUUCUGAAGGCAUGAUAAAAUAACAUUUUCAAUUCUUAUAGAUAAGGACAUUAUUUUUACUACACAAUAUAUUGGGAAACUGCUUGCAUAUGACUAAACAAAAAAAGAAAUUCUUCCCCCUUAAUAACCAAGCCGUAUUUCAUUUUUUGUAAUUUCUGCAUGUGUGUUUCUGAUUCUUCAGGGAAACUGGUGUAUAUGUUGGGGUGCCAUGGGGGGAUCCAGAAAAGUCAGUGAAAUAGGCAAGGGGGCCUUUAAGCAUUUUGCUAGAAAUAUUUCUUAUUAGGGGUAGAAAUCUCAAACCAUUUUAUCUGAUGCAGAGAUGUUAACCACUAGCAAGGAUUUGAACAGGUGAUUUUGAAAUGGACGUCAGUAUAGCCAAUCCAAAAUACAUAGGAUCAUGUUUUUGGUGGGGUAUAAUUCAAACAAGAGAAAGUUCACACCUACCAACCUGGCAUUGAGUUUCCCAACGACAAAGAAAGUUACAUGAAAAUCUUUUUUUUUUUUCAAUGUUAAAGGCCAGAAAACCAACUCAAUUUUUGUCUCCCUGAAGCCCCCCCCCCCCCCCCCCCCAUAGCAAUAUGUUGGGCAUAGAAAUUUGAAUUUCCAUCACCAAAAAUUUCCUAUUAACCAUUUUGAUGGGACAAAGAGUAAGCAGCUGAAGAAUGAAAUAUAAAUGAUUCAAUUUGCUGAUUGCAUAGCUGUAGUAAAUAUGAGAUUUGUGUACAUGUAUUUUAUGUGUAAUACCACUAUUACACAUUGAAUUUGCAUAUUUAUAAUGCAAGUGAAUUUAUAUAUUUAUCACAAUAUUUUAUAUUGAUGUGAAAUGCAUUUGUAUUCUUUAUGUCAAAAUCAUGAAAUACAAAUUCUAUUUUAAAUUUAGAUUGAUAUGAUAGACUUUAAGUGAAAUACUAUUGUUGACAUUGAUUUUAGAGAUGACACUCAUGGCAUUUUAUUUGAAUUGUACAAAUCUUUUAUGGAUGAAAAUGUUAGUGUAAAACAAUAACACCUAAUGUAAAGAAUCUUUUUUAAUGGUAUAGUUUUACUUGAAUGAGAGCUAACCUUCAGUUUUAGUAGUAAAAUUACUAUUUUCAAUUGAUUUUAACAAUAAAAGCCAGACGAUUCUAAUAGGAUACAGAGUAUAAAUAACAAAUAUACUAUAUGGUGACACCCUUUAAGUCAAGGCAUGUGUUAAAUGCCAGCAUAUUGGUCUAGAAAUAAUUGAAUAUGAUUUUGAAUUGUAUGCCUAUAAAGCUAUGUGUGAGACUGUGAGCAGUCACAUUAUUUAGUUUGCUCCAAAAAAACUGGAUACGAAUUGUAAUCUAUCCUUUCUUUAAUGUGCUACAAAUGCACACUGACUCAACAUUUAUGCAGGAAUCGCACUGUCUGCCGAGAUCUGUUAUACAUGUACAUUCAUAAUUUAUAUUUUCGAAUGAACAUUGCAUGUAUUCUGAUAUAUCAUCAGAUAAUCAAA